UUUCCGUCUGCAGUCGGCUCAGUGAAUGCAGACGCCGAAGCAUGCAGACUAUAGUGUAGAAGGGGGAAAGGGAUAAACAGCUCCAACGACUGCCCAAGAAUAGCGGCGAAACACAAAACCAGCAGGUAGACAUUGUCGCAUUCCAUGACAGUGACUGGGCGGACCUAAACUGUAUCCCACCGGCCCGGAGAGCUAAUUUAACACGAACAAUACGAAAUGCUGGCAAAUGUCAAUAAUAGGAGUCAAGCGAGCGGCUUGUGAAGGAUCAGAGCUCUGAGACUGGCUGGCGGAGCCCCGUUAAGACGCACAAGCGGAUUAGGACUCGCGAGCAGGUGCCUUUGUUGGCUCGCGCCGUUGCUAGUGGAGACCCGCAGUAGCCUGACGCGCUACUUCAAAAUUUAAUGCCUUCCAAUGAGAGUUUCUUCCGCAAACGGCGAAUAGAACGAGCUUGACAGGAGUUUUUUAACCAAUGCAAGUUCCGGCACCAUGUUCUACGGUUCCUCAUCUGCCAGCAUGUCUCUGCCAUCCAAGAACCGUCUGAAGCGUCAAAGUCGCACUUUUACACAGGUUCUCUAUCGGACACUGAGUUAUCGGGAUCGUCGUUCUGUUACCGACCUACCUGAGCAGGUACGGGAUGAUCCAGCUGAGCUUUCCACCCAAUCAUCUGCACCAGGUGUGCUGAAGAUAUUUGGUGAUGAAAUCAGUGCUGGCGCUAACUACAAAAGCGUUCUUGCCACACCUCGUUCCAGUGCCCAAGAGCUGAUCAAAGAGGCGCUGGAUCGCUAUUCUCUAAACAAGGUCUCAGCCUGUAGCUAUGUGUUAUGUGACGUGAUUGGACGGUUUGAGGGCCCAGAUCGACGGUGGCGGACUGAGUGCCUUCGGGCACUAGGGAACAACGAGAAACCCCUCCUCUUGCAGGACCUCUGGAAGCCAAAGGAGGGUUAUUCACGCCGUUUUGAGCUCAGAAGAAGAGCCGAGGUUGAGGAACUGGCAGCAAAAGAGAAGGACACAGUCACUGCAGGGACCCACACAAACUCCCCUGUGCUAUCUUCAACCUUGAGUAGAAGCGGGCAUGGUAGAUGCCAUCGGAGCUCCCCCCGGGGCUGGCGUUUGAUACAGCCCUGUACAACUAUUGUAAAAGAUAUCAAUGCUCAAGCGAGGAAGUUGCAAAGAAACCGUGCUAAAGGUACAAUGACACUCCAGCACGGCUCCUCAUUUUGCCGCAGCCUCAGUGAAACCAGCCUUAACUUGGAUCUGCCUGGUGAGGAACCUAAACGGUAUUACUCCACCCUCCCAGGGCCAAUCAGAGCACGCUCCGCACGAGAUGCAGAGACCCGUAAAGAACGUGAUGGGGGAGGAGUUAAACAUUCACUCUACCAAUCACCACACUUGCUGCUCCUUCAAGGGUACAACCAACAGGAUUGUCUUGUUUACCUUUUGAAUCGAGAGCAACACACAGUUGGUCAGGAAACAGCAUCAGCUCGGCCAAAUAUCUGCCUGUCGUCUCCGGAUGUGCUUCCACUUCACUGCCGAAUACGUCGUGCAUCGCAACGGCGCUCUUCCUCAGACCAGCGGUUACUUUUGGAGCCUGUCGCCCAUGGCAGUGUACUGGUUAACUUCACGCGUAUUGAGCGGCCCACUCCACUACGUCAUGGGGAUUUGCUGUCCUUUGGUGCUCAUUACAUCUUCCUAUACAAAGAUCCACUAAGUGCGAAACCACUUCCUGCCCAAACUCUCACUCGACUCCGAGCGCUGGCACGAAUAUGCGAUAGUGAGUCAGCUGGUGUGCCUGAGAAAGGAGAGGCAUGUCGUAUGUGUGGCGCCGCUUUACAUGAACCAGUGGCAUCUCGGCGCAGCUCUAAGGCACCAGUGCGAGGUGCACAGAAACGAAAGCUCCUGCUGGAAUUUGAGUGGGCUCACGAGGAUGCACUGGUGAACCGGGUGCUGACACUUAUUGAGCCGAGUGGAGAUGACCACAAGCUGACACCAGCGUAUUUGCUUUGUCUAUGCAUCAAACACUCAGCUCAUACAUUUCCACCUGGCAGCUUUGGUAAACUAUUGCUGAAAAUUGCCAAGAGGAUUCAGACAAUAGCAUGGGAGAAGACAAAGGAGUUGGCACAGAAGCAAGCUCAGCAUCAAGAUCCUGCCUCGCUCUCUCUGCUCAACAUCUCAGACCUAGUACCUGAUCUCCAGUUCAUUUUCUUCUGGAUGUCCAAUGCCAUCGAAAUACUGUAUUUCAUUCAGCAGAAGUCUCCUGCGUACAUGCAGACUAUUGAGCUCAUGGAUGAUAAAGUGGGAUCUAAAGAAUCUCUCCUUUCAGCAACAAUAUCAGCAAAUGAAGAAGCUAUGACCAUACUAGAGGAACUGAUCAUGUACACCUUUCAGCAGUGUGUUUACUACAUCACUAAGUCUUUGUACAUUGUGUUGCCUGGCCUGUUGGACUGCAACCCAUUUGGGAUGGAGCCUUCAUCAGAGCAGUGCCGGAGGGCAGUUGGAGUGUGUGUGUGUGCCGUGUGUGUGAUGCCAGAGGCAGUCCGCAGGGUGGUGAGUGUGUUUCAGACUACAUCAGACCUGCUGCAACAGUACCAGGUUCAUUCAGAGAUUCAGAGUCAAAUGUUCGCCUACCUCUUCUUCUUCACCAACGUCUCACUCUUCAAUCAACUCAUCGAUAAAGGCCCUGCACGUGGCUGGUUUCAGCGUUCUCGGGUCCUGCAGAUCCAGGCUAGUGUGAAACUGCUGCUGGACUGGGCUAAAGGAGCAGGGCACAAUCAUCUCGCCCAGAAAUUCUUUGCCAAGUUCUGUAGCGCUAUAAGCAUCCUGGCUACACCCCCUCAACAGCUUUCACAGAUGAGUUGGAAGGCUUUGUGUGCAGAGCACCCGUCUCUGAAGCCUGUCCAGCUCCAUAGAAUCCUCACACAGUACCAGCUCAUGGCUGAGCUCGGUCCUGUACCAAUCUGGCAACCCAGCAGUGACGAUGAGGCAUAUAUCUACAGAACAGUUGAUCUACUGGAGAGUUUUGAGAACCACCCUCCUAUUGUGCUGCCGAGUGCUGGAUUCAAGGUGGACCUGGAGAGUGACAGUGUAGAGGACAGUAUAUACCGCCAACUACUUUACGUUCGUCACUUCCUUUGGGGUCUUCGUACCAAAACCCAUUCUUCUAAUGGCUGUGCAGACCGUCAGGAUGCUCAGCGUGAGACACCUCAGCCUCACUCCAGUCCACAUCCAGCAGCUCCUUUGCGUGGGGAGUGUGAGGGUGAGGUGCGGGGCUCCUCAGUGGGUCUUGGAGGAAGAGGAGAGGGAGCGGGAGCUGAGGAACGACCGCGAGACAAGCCUACAUACAACAUUCAUUACAGAAAUGGGACCAGCAUCCGUUACGCCAACCAAACCCAAGGGACGGACCCUUCCUGUGUACUGACUCCAACUAAUACGCCCCUCUGUCCGGAGCACACGUAUAUACACUCCAACACACAGUCCAAUCAUGCCCACUACCCUGAGCAUGCUUCACAAGAGCACACACAUACACCCUCUCACACAAAGACCAAUGGUUGCAUGCGUUCUACUCCAGAGCACAAGAAAAUCAAUGGCUUCAUCAGCAAUGGCAUUGAAGGCCCUUUGAGUGGUUGUGGUUUUCCUUUCCCUGUCCCUGUCUCUCAUCUGGCCCCAAACUCUGAUGAUAUCUGUUCCGUCUUUAUAGUGGACCUGGAUAAAGGACCUUACGGCCUGGGAAUGGGACUUAUCGAUGGACUUCACACCCCUCUGAACUCUCCUGGAAUCUACAUCAGGACACUGAUUCCAGAUGGACCAGCUGCUGCAGAUGGGAGACUUUGCAUUGGUGACAGAAUCCUGGCAGUGAAUGGAACCAGUCUCAUUGGAGCAGACUACCAGAGUGCUGUGGAUUUGAUUCGUCUGGGUGGAGGACGGCUCCGGUUUCUUGUCGCCAAAUCAGAUCUUGAAGUAUCAGAGAAGAUCAGUGCCUCUUCCUGCUGAGAGAGAAGCUGCAAAUGUGACCCUCUACCUAGACGAAAUAUGAGGAGGACAGCGAUUCCUCUUUUUCAAGACAGGAGAACAAGCACACUAUAAGAUCUCUCAGUGACUACAGCCCUCUUUCUCAGCCCUGUACAAUACUGCACUCUUUCUCAUUCACAAUGACAUUUUGACAUCUCUGUCUUAGUUUACCUCUUAGCCAGACUGGGUUUGUUUCUGCAAUGUCAAGGAAUACUGAAGGAGAAGGUAUUUGUGCACAUAAUCUGGCUGAUACUGUAAAUACGAUAUUCACAAUAUAGCAGACAUGAAAUGUGGCAAAAGUGGAUUUUAAGAUGGCUAACUUGCUCUUAAAUAGAAAUCAAACAAUCUAGAUAAACAAUAAAACAAUUAAAUAAAUAAAAAUCUUCAAUGGCUUCGCUAAACGGCACAAAUGCAUCUUUUAACAAAUAACCUUCAUGGAUGAUAAAAAAAUAAAAUAAAAUUGACAUGAAUCUCUUCUGAAAUUCCUAUUAUUAUUAUUAUUAUUAUUAUUAUCAUUGAUAAAACUUGACUGAAAUACUUGAUUGUUUCCACACUGAAAAUUACAUAUGCUGAACAACUGCACUUCAAGAGCCUCAUUUCAUGGUUCAACCGUGUAAGUAUCUUAAAAUUUUCAGUUUAUUAUGUUAGCAGUACUCAAAGUGGUAACGACUUUAAGUUCAUUUACCAACAAGCUGCAUAUAUAUAUAAGCAUAUUUCAAAAUGAUGAAGUGUUAAUAUACCACAUAUAAUUCAUUAUAUAAACUGUUUUGUUUGUAUUUGAGAGGACAUACAUCUGCACAAGUUUUUGAAUACAAAAAAAGUGUUUAUUUUUUCCAUUAUUUCAUGUUUGUAUUAAAUAUGUAUUGCAAUAUUUC